AUGGCAUCGUUCGUCUUCAAGCGGGAUGGGCGCAAGGAGCGCGUCCAGUUCGACAAGAUCACCUCGCGGAUCUCCAAGCUCUGCUACGGUCUCGAUAAUGACCACGUAAACCCUGUGGAGGUGGCACAGAAGGUGGUACAGGGCGUCUACAAUGGCGUGACGACCAGCGAGCUUGAUAACCUCGCCGCUGAGACCGCCGCCUACCUCACCACUAAGCACCCAGACUAUGCUGUACUCGCCGCCCGCAUCGCUGUGUCCAACCUGCACAAGGACACCCGCAAGAACUUCUCUCAUGUAAUCAAGGAUCUGUACGAAUAUGUUAACCCCAAGACUGGCAAGGCGGCUGGUUUGAUCUCGAAGCAAACCUACGAUGUCGUAAUGGCCAAUGCGUCAGUACUUGACAGCGCUAUCAUCUACGAGCGCGACUUCCAGUACAACUUCUUCGGCUUCAAGACUCUCGAGCGCUCUUACCUGCUCCGCAUCAAUGGCCGUGUCGCUGAGCGUCCCCAACACCUCAUCAUGCGUGUCGCAGUUGGCAUUCACGGCGCUGACAUUGAGCGUGCUCUUGAGACCUACAACUUGAUGUCGCAGCGCUACUUCACUCACGCUAGCCCGACACUCUUCGCUGCCGGCACGCCCAAGCCGCAGAUGUCCUCGUGCUUCUUGGUUGCGAUGAAGGACGACUCGAUCGAAGGCAUCUACGACACCCUCAAGGAGUGCGCUAUGAUCUCGAAGAGCGCUGGUGGUAUUGGACUUCACAUUCACAACAUUCGCUCCACGGGUGCUUACAUCGCCGGCACGAAUGGCUACUCGAACGGUAUUAUCCCUAUGCUCCGCGCAUACGAUGCCACCGCUCGCUAUGUCGACCAGGGUGGCAACAAGCGCCCGGGCGCCUUCGCUGUCUAUCUGGAGCCGUGGCACGCCGACGUCUUCGAGUUCCUCGACCUCCGCAAGAACCACGGCAAGGAAGAGGUCCGCGCCCGCGACCUCUUCUACGCUCUCUGGGUUCCUGAUCUUUUCAUGAAGCGUGUUGAGCAAAAUGGGAACUGGACGCUCUUCUCUCCUGAUGAGGCUCCUGGUCUCUCGGACUGCUACGGUGACGAGUUCGAGGAGUUGUACGAGAAGUAUGAGCGCGAGGGUCGUGCACGCAAGACUAUUCCCGCCCAGAAGCUUUGGUAUGCGAUCCUCGAUGCUCAGAUCGAGACCGGCAACCCCUUCAUCUGCUACAAGGACCACGCCAACCGCAAGUCGAACCAGAAGAACAUCGGCGUCAUCAAGUCGUCCAACCUUUGCACGGAGAUCAUGGAGGUUUCGACACCUGACGAGACAGCGGUUUGCAACCUCGCGUCCCUGGCCCUCCCGUCGUUUAUCCGCAACGGCGUCUACGACUUCCAGAAGCUCCACGACGUCGCCAAGGUCGUUACGUUCAACUUGAACCGUGUCAUCGACGCCAACUACUACCCCGUCCCAGAGGCGAAGCGUUCGAAUAUGCGUAACCGUCCCGUCGGUCUCGGUGUUCAGGGUCUCGCGGAUGCCUUCAUGAUCCUCCGCCUCCCCUUCGACUCCGAAGAGGCACGCAAGCUCAAUAUUCAGAUCUUCGAGACGAUCUACCACGCUGCAGUUGAAGCGAGUAUGGAGAUGGCUAUCAUCGAAGGACCUUACGAGACGUACGAGGGAUCUCCCGCCAGCCAGGGCCAGCUCCAGUUCGACCUGUGGGGUGUGACGCCGUCUGACCUUUGGGACUGGGCGUCGCUCAAGGAGAAGGUUGCCAAGAACGGUCUUCGCAACUCGCUCCUUGUAGCGCCUAUGCCGACCGCGUCGACCAGCCAGAUCCUUGGCUUCAACGAGUGCUUCGAGCCCUACACGAGCAACAUCUAUACUCGUCGCGUCCUCGCUGGCGAGUUCCAGGUCGUCUGCCCGUGGCUCCUUCGCGAGCUCGUCGACCGCAAGCUCUGGAACGACGAGAUGAAGAACAAGAUCAUCGCGCACAACGGUUCCGUUCAGUCGAUCCCUGAAAUUCCGCGCGAAGUCAAGGCAAUUUACAAGACCGUCUGGGAGAUUUCCCAGAAGAAGGUCCUGGACCUCGCUGCCGACCGUGGUGCAUUCAUCUGCCAGUCGCAGUCCCUCAAUGUCCACCUUCAGGCGCCCACGCUCGGCCAACUCACGUCCAUGCACUUCUACGGCUGGAAGAGGGGCCUCAAGACCGGCAUGUACUACCUUCGCACGCGCCCGGCUGCCCAGGCCAUCCAGUUCACCCUCGACCAUGCACUGGUCAAGGAGGUUCGCGAGCAGAAGGCCGCAGCCGCGUCAACCUCUGCACCCGCGGCACCGGUCGUCGCUGCCACUGUGUCUGCGCCUUCGCCGGAGCCGGCACCAAAGGCACUCCAGCCUCGUACGAUCGUCAAGACCACGACCGUGAACUCGGGUAUGGCUACGCCACCGCCUGAGACGCCCGUCACGCCCUCGGAGGCGAGCUCUGAGUCCACCACGCCUGUACCCGCACCUGCAGCCGAUGAUGAGUUCGCCGGCUUCUCGGCCGAGCAGCGCGCGGCCGCUGCCCGCGACCCUGACUACGCCGAGGCAUUGCGUCGCCAGCUCGAGCAGGAAGCCGCGCGCCUUCAGUGCUCCAUCGACAAUAAGGAGGCGUGCGUGAUGUGCUCUGGUUGA